AUGGCUGCCGAUGUUGGAGGGAUUGUUACUAUCAUCCUAUUCUAUUUAUUAAUCCUGGCUAUUGGAAUAUGGGCUGCCUGGAAAACUCAAAUGAGAUCACGUAGAGCUGAAAUGCUUCAAAAUGAAGUUAUAAUGAUAGGAAGACGAGACAUUGGUCUUUUGCUUGGAAUUUUUACAAUGACUGCCACUUGGGUUGGUGGUGCUUACAUUAAUGGCACAGCAGAAGCAAUCUAUCUUGAUGGGCAUGGUCUUGCAUGGACACAGGCUCCUAUAGGAUUUGCACUAAGUCUUACCAUCGGUGGUUUGUUUUUCGCUAAGCCAAUGCGUUCAAAGAAAUAUGUGACCAUGUUGGACCCGAUUCAGGAAACCUAUGGUAAUCGGAUAGGUGGCCUGUUCUUCAUUCCUGCUGCCAUGGGAGAGCUCUUUUGGACAGGAGCUGUUUUAUCUGCCCUUGGUUCAUCGCUAAGUGUGAUUUUUCAGAUGAAUGUUAAUUUAUCCAUUAUUAUUUCUGCCUUGAUAUCAAUCAUUUAUACUCUGAUUGGAGGAUUAUACUCUGUUGCUUACACAGACAUGGCUCAGCUUUUCUGUAUCUUUGUGGGAAUGUACAUAAGCUUGCCUUUUGCCUCUUCACAUCCUGCUGUUACAAGUAUCAGUACCACCUAUACACAGUAUGUUUACCAUGAACCCUGGAGCGGAACCAUACCGGCUAAAAAGGCCUGGAUUUGGAUUGACAACUACUGUCUGAUGAUUUUAGGAGGAAUCCCUUGGCAGGCAUAUUUUCAGAGGGUACUUUCUGCCUCCACAGCUGCUCGAGCACAAAUAAUGUCCAUCGUGGCUUCUAUAUGCACUCUGAUACUAGCUAUUCCAUCUGUAAUCUUUGGUGCAAUAGGAGUAUCAACUGAUUGGAAUCAGACUGCCUAUGGUCUUCCAGAUCCAGCAAGCAGGAAUCAGACUCAGAUGAUAUUGCCCAUAAUGCUACGGUACCUUUGUCCAAGUUACAUUGGAUAUUUUGGCCUUGGAGCUGUCUCAGCAGCAGUGAUGUCAUCAGCUGACUCUUCCAUCCUAUCAGCAAGUUCCAUGUUUACUCGGAAUAUUUAUCACUGUGCAUUUAGGCAUGAAGCCACGGAUAAUGAACUGGUAUGGGUCAUGAGAGCAGCCAUUAUUAUGUUUGGAUUAGCAGCAGCAGGAAUGACAUGGUUGUCCAAUUCUGUCUACGGAUUGUGGUAUCUGAGCUCAGAUCUUAUCUUUGUUCUUCUUUUUCCGCAACUGCUCUCUGUACUCUUCAUCAAGGGAUGUAAUUCCUAUGGCUGCAUCACUGGUUACAUUUUUGGUCUCUUCCUGCGUGUUGGUGGUGGAGAACCUUAUCUACGCCUAAAACCAUUUAUCUGUUAUGCUGAGUGCUACUUGGAUAUUAAGUUUCCAAGUGGGCCAAUUUAUGUUCAAAGAUUUCCAUUCAAAACAUUAUCAAUGUUAUCAUCCUUGUUGAUGAAUUUAAGCGUUUCGCAUCUGACCAAAUAUCUUUUCAAUAAUGGAAUGUUGCCUCGAAAACUGGACUUCCUUGAAAACUUUGUUACAGAGCCUGUAAAAGAAAAAACAAAUAAAGUAGAACCACUGAGCAAUGAUGGCAGUGAUAUACGUGAAGCAAAACCUUCAGAUAAAGAAGCAGAGGAUCAUCUUGAUACUAGUCGUCCAAGCAAAGAACCAGUCACCAAUGAAGUUUUGGAUCCAGUGAUUUCAAAAACAGAUAACUGA